AUGUCGAAUGCAAAUGAAAGGCCACCGCAGAUGCAGAUCAACAAGAAUGAGCCAGGAUUGGCGGAUGAAUGCGUAUUCUUGGGCAUGGACGGAGAGCCAACAAGCGGGCAGAACUGGUCGACGAUACGUGACUUCUCCCAGGAAAGCAUGGGCACACUGGUCUGGACCGGCAACUACACCGAGCCGUUUAACUUCAAGACACAGUCCUACAAAUAUCAACCAGUACUUACAUUCUGGUCAGGCGUGUUGGAAGAUGGCUUCGGUCGUGGCUCCUACUACGUCCUCAAUCAGUCGUAUGCAGAGAUUACACACUUUUAUGCCAAUCGCUUUAGCAACGACACGGGCGAUAUCCAUGAAUUUACAUUCACGAGUGACGACACAGGGUUGAUCCCGAUAUACCAUACAAUACCGUGGAAUCUCACAGAGACUGGUGGCAUCGAGAACGGCUGGGUGUUCGAGAAUACAUUCCAAGAAAUCAACAUUAAGACCGGUGAACUCAUCUUCGAAUGGAACGCAAGCACUCACGUCGGCAUCAACGAGUCGUACAACUCCCUUCCCGAAGACGUUGGCAGGGCUGAAGACUCACCACGGGACUACUUCCGUAUCAACUUCAUCGAGAAGGACACAGGCGGAGACUACCUUGUCUCAGCGCGAGCUAUGGACUGCAACCAAUUUCAAGAGACGCUCUUCGGCAACGGUGCUACAGACAACAUAGCAUAUUCUGUCCUCGAUAGUCUCAUACUCACAUAG